AUGAACAAUUCACUUCCGGACCGCGUCUCGGAAACAUUUCUCGACAGCACGAUUUUUAUAACUGGCGCUACUGGAUUAGUAGGAAAAGCGCUGCUGGAUAAACUUCUGAGAUACUGCGACGUCAAAAAAAUAUACAUCCUAGUUCGAGAAAAGAAAGGAAAACAACCAAACGAGCGUCUGAAGGAUUUAUUUAAGGACGCUCUAUUCAAGAAGCUUUUAGAGCAAAAACCGGAGGCCCCCGAAAAAUGCACCGUCGUGCCGGGUGAUGUUACUGAAAUCGAUUUGGGCAUAUCCGAAGAAAAUAGAUCCGUACUAACGAACGAGGUGAAUUUCAUUUUUCACAGCGCUGCUACAGUUAGAUUCGAUGAUAGCUUGAAAUACGCGGUGACGAUGAACACUAGAGGGACGAAAUUCGCGUUGGAAUUAGCCGAGCAAUGUCGCAAUUUAAAGUUGUUCAUUCACAUUUCGACGGCGUACGCUUUUCCGAAUCAAGGGGACAUCACCUACGAGAAGGAGUACGAUCCUCCAGGCAAUCCGCACGAAAUUAUCAGCAGUUUCAACUGGUUAAAGGAGGAAUCCUUUACUCCUGAAAUGACUAAAAAGUUACUCGGUGAUAUACCCAACACGUACACCUUUUCAAAAGCUUUAGCGGAAAAGCUGGUGUACGAAAAAGUCGGAAAAAUACCGCUUAUUAUCUGUAGACCUGCUAUAGUCAUCCCAGCAUUCAAGGACCCAAUUCCCGGUUGGACUAACAACAUUCAAGGACCUUCUGGACUUUUCGUAGGAGCCGGCAAAGGCGUAAUCCGAUCGCUUUACAUGGACAGCAAAACUUAUGCUAACUUCGGACCCGCAGAUUGCACGGUUAGCGCCAUUAUAAUGUUUGCAUGGCAUCAUCUGAGCUCCAAAAGUUCGUCGUACAUAUUUAACAUUUGCAUGCCCCAGAGUGAUAUACAAAUAACGUGGGAGGAGAUCUUUAAAACGGCCAGAGAAGUUGUGGAAACGAAAGUCCCUUUUAAUAGAAUAUUGUGGUAUCCCGGAGGCCAGCCGACCAAAAGCCGAUUUUAUAAUAGAGUGAGGCAAACCCUCUUCCAAAUAAUUCCAGCCCUUUUAAUUGAUUUCAUGUUGAUCAUCGUAGGUCAGAAGCCAAUAUUGUUUUCCAUACAGAUGAGAAUACUGAAAGGGCUUGAAGUGUACGAAUAUUACUUGACUAGACCCUGGAAUUUCGAUACGACCAGUAUAGAAACCGUGAGAAAAAAACUGAACAGUAGGGAAUUAGACAAUUACCAGUUAGAUUCGGAUGUAAAGGACGUAAAGCAAUAUUUAGUCGAUUGCACGUUUUAUUGCAGAAGGCAAUUUCUCAAAGAAACUGAUGAUAUGUUGCCGGCAGCGAGGCGAAAUAUGAAGAUCAUGUAUGCGUUAGACAAAGCAGUGAAAGGAUUUUUCUUAUACAUUGUCAUGUAUUAUUUAUAUAAAUUAUGUUUGAUUUUUGUUUAA